AUGGCACCCACCAACACCCAUGGAUUUUGCUCCCUUCCUGCUGAACUCUACCUUGAAAUAGCUUCGCAUUACGGUUCCGCCUCUGUUUUCUCCAAGCAGCAGACGGUCUACGACGGCAAACCCUUUGAACGACGCGCCACUCUUCUCGCGCUGUCCCAAACAUGCGUGAAGCUGCGCGGGAUAUUUUUGCCUUUAGCCUGGCAACAUUUGGAGCUCCGUGAAGCACAGGAAUUUUCUUCAAGCCUAACAAGGCUGUUGAACGUCAUGACACAAUACAAUCCUGCGCUUUCUUCUUACAUCAAAGCCGUGAACGUGGUAGUGCCGAAAGAUCCUUCGACGACGACCUUUAAAGAGCUUGCUUACUUCCUUCGGCUCUUGCCAAACCUCCUUACGAUCCAAUUACUUAACCUUCAAGACAAAUUUGCGACCGCCUUUUCCGAGGCAUUUGAUUAUAAAAAAUGCAUUCUGCCGCGAGUGCGAACGCUUCUGAUAGCGGACACUGCAAUUCAUCUGGUCGCUUGUUGUCCCAAAGUAAAGAACGUCACUGCCGUUGGGCCUUGUAAAGCGCGCUUUGUGAGAACCCUGGCGUCGACAUGUCAAAAAACCUUGUUUGAAAAGAAAGGAGCAAGCGUCGUUGAACAUUCUGCUCAAGUCACCACCAUAUCCCAUUAUUUUUGUGAUGGAGAUCUUAUGACGGAGGAGAUAAAGCGGUUUACCGCUCUCAGACAUUUGUGCAGGCUUAAAAUCACAACAGCAGAAGCUUUCGACAGGACAAUUAACUCUCCGCAAGACGCGGAAGAUUGCCUUGUUUUGCGUCAUCUAGAUGUGAAUUUGGUGUGA